GCUGAUUUAGAAACAUCAAACGUUGCCGUUCCUUGAAUUCGUUUGGCGUUUUGUCGAAUCGCGUGGUGUUUUCUUCACAAUGGAUAUUUUAGAAGAUCUUGAUGUAUUGCGCACUUUUCGUAAUGAUAUAGAGGAAAUAAGAGGCUUUAACAGCCGAAGAAUGAGAAUGAUUAGGCGGCCAAAACAAUACAAGAAAAGAAUGAAUCCUUUACAAGAUUUAAGUGAAAGUGAUUUUAGGCAGAGGUACAGAUUUAGCAAAGCAAAUAUGCUAAAAAUAAUAGAUAUUUUGAGAAAUGACUUGCGUGUGGACAGAUGUGGAGGCUCUAUACCUGUGGAGUUACAGGUGAUGUCUGUUAUUAGAUACUGGGGCAGACAUGAGAUUCAAGAAGACUGUGCUGAUAUCCAUGGCAUGAGCCAGCAGACUCUAUCAUAUCUAUCUAAAAAGGUAGGUAUUGCACUGGCCUCAAAAAGCUCUAUCUACAUUCAAAUGCCUUUGAGUUUAAGAGCUCAAAUUUUUAGAUUGACUAUCUAUAAUAAAAAUUUGAAUCCAUAUGUGGAUUCCCACAUGUUAUUGGAGCCGUAG